AUGUCAUUUCAUGAAUUAAUCCCCGUUGUUAAUAAAUUACAAGAUAUUGUAACUACAACUCAACUUGCUGAAUUAGAUUUACCAAUUUUAGCUGUUGUAGGAUCUCAAUCUUGUGGGAAAUCAUCAGUUUUAGAAAAUAUUGUUGGUAAAGAUUUUCUUCCAAGAGGUACAGGGAUUGUUACAAGAAGACCAUUAGUACUUCAAUUAAUUCAUGUUAAACCUGAUGAUCCACUUAUUUAUACAAUUCCAAGAGUUGUAUCUAAUUAUCCAAGUGAUUUUUCUUCACCAUCAUCAUCAAAUGAUGAAGAUGGAGAAAUUAAUUUAGAAGAACAUUUAAGAAAACAUGUUCAUGCAGCAAAUGGAGGUAAAGUUAAUCCACCAAAUGAAUGGGGAGAAUUUCUUCAUAUUUCUGGUAAAAGAUUUUAUAAUUUUAAUGAUAUUAGAAAAGAAAUUGAAACUGAAACUUUAAGAAUUGCCGGAACAAAUAAAGGUAUUUCAAGAUUACCAAUUAAUUUAAAAAUUUAUUCACCAAAUGUAUUAGAUUUAACAUUAGUUGAUUUACCAGGUUUAACAAAAAUUCCAAUUGGUGAUCAACCAACUGAUAUUGAAAGACAAACAAGAAAUUUAAUAUUAGAAUAUAUUUCUAAACCAAAUUGUAUUAUAUUAGCUGUAUCACCUGCAAAUGUUGAUUUAGUUAAUUCUGAAUCUUUAAAAUUAGCUAGACAAGUUGAUCCAACUGGUAAAAGAACUGUUGGAAUUUUAACUAAAUUAGAUUUAAUGGAUCAAGGUACAAAUGCUUUAGAUAUCUUAAAGGGGAAUGUAUAUCCUUUAAAAUUAGGAUUUAUUGGAAUUGUUAAUAGAUCUCAACAAGAUAUAUCUGAAAAUAAAUCAUUAACUGAUAGUCUUUAUGAUGAACAAGAAUUUUUUUCAAAUCAUCAAGCUUAUAAAUCAAUGUCAAAUAGAUGUGGAACUAAAUUUUUAUCUCAAACUUUAAAUAAAAUUUUAAUGAAUCAUAUAAGAGAAAGAUUACCUGAUAUUAAAGCAAAAUUAAAUACUUUAAUGGGACAAACUGAACAAGAAUUAUUAAGUUAUGGAGAAAUACCUUCAAAUUUAACAAAUUCAAAAGAAUCAAGAGGUGCUCUUGUAUUAACUUUAAUGACAAAAUUUGCUAGUGCAUUUAUGACAUCAAUUGAAGGUACAUCAGUUAAUGAAAUUUCAACAAAAGAAUUAUGUGGUGGAGCCAGAAUUUAUUAUAUAUUUAAUGAAGUAUUUGGUAGUCAAUUAGCUUCAAUUAAUCCAACUCAUAAUUUAUCAAUUUAUGAUAUUAGAACUGCUAUAAGAAAUUCAACUGGUCCAAGACCGGCAUUAUUUGUACCUGAAUUAGCUUUUGAUUUAUUAGUUAAACCUCAAAUUCAAUUACUUGAAGAUCCAUCUCGUAGAUGUGUUGAAUUAGUUUAUGAAGAAUUAAUGAAAAUUGUUCAUAAUGUUUGUUCAUCAAAUAUUGGAUUAGAAUUAAAUAGAUAUCCAAAAUUACAAGCAAAAUUAAUUGAAGUUGUAAGUGAUUUAUUAAGAGAAAGAUUAGGUCCAACUAUUAAAUAUGUUGAAUCAUUAAUUGAAAUUCAUCGAGCUUAUAUUAAUACUAAUCAUCCAAAUUUUGUGGGAGCUGCUAGAGCUAUGCUGCUUAUUGUUGAACAAAGACAAAAGCAAAAGGAAUUAGAAUCAAGAAAUCGAUUAAAAUUAGCCGGAGAAAGAAUUUUAAAUUCAAAACUUCGUAAUGGAGAUGAUGAAGAAGCUGAUGAUGAAAUUGAAGAAGAUAUUAAUUCUGUUGAUGAUGAAAUUAAACAACCUCAACCAGUUAAAAAUGGUAAUGGAUCUCAUAAAAGAUCUGAUUCUAAUAGAACCAAUUUAUCAUUUAGAUCAGAAUCAACUCCAUCAAAUGGUCAUGUAUAUCCUGAAUCAUUUUUUAAUUACUUUUUUGGUAAAGAUCCUGUCAUUCAUCAACAACAUUUACAACAUCAAGCUCAAUUAAAUCCGGUACCAUUUAAAUUCCCCUUACCACAAGAAUCUACUUUACAAUUCCAUACUACUACUGGUAAUAAUAAUCAUCAUCUUAAUAUUGAUAGUAAUCAUAUUAAUAAUGAUUCAACAUCAUUUGAAAGUGAUGAUGCAAUUAAUGAAUUAAGUGAACGAGAACAAUUAGAAUGUGAAUUAAUUAGAAGAUUAAUUGUAUCAUAUUUUGGAAUUGUUCGAGAAAUGAUUCAAGAUCAAAUUCCUAAAUCUAUUAUGUGUCUACUUGUUAAUUAUAUUAAACAACAUAUUCAAAAUCGAUUAGUUGUUAAAUUAUAUAAUGAAUCAUUAUUUAAUGAAUUAUUACAAGAAGAUGAAAAUAUUCAAGCUGAACGUGAAAAAUGUAUUGAAUUAUUAAAUACAUAUAGAGAAGCUUCAAGAAUUAUUAGUGAAGUUGUUUAAUAUUAAUUUCAAAUCCUCUGUAAAUAACGUGUUUAAUGUUUUUAUUCCAUAUAAUUAUACUAUACCUAUAUAAUUACCUAUUACCUAUUACAUAUUACCUAUAACUAUAAAUAUAUUAU